GGGCCCUGUCUCGAACUUAAUAGCUUGCCCCUCAACAUGCUUUCAGGCGUUCUAAGAGCAUUAUCAGUUCUUUGAAAUGCAACCGAUGACGUCUGCAUGAUGUUCAGCAAUGGCCGGGAUUUAUCUUCGCCAACGUAUAUAAAGACAAGGUUCUUGUGUGAGAGUUUGCUGCAGAACUUCGAUCUGUAUUAGUACAGUAAGUCAUUUGGUCGUUUCACUUAGACAUCUUCGCUUCUGCUAACUGAUACGGGUUCUUCGAUACCAAGUCUAACAUGUCCGAAGUCCUUAAACAAGUUCAUUCAAGUAGCCUCCAUGACUUGCGUGGCGUUGUGGCCGUUAUCACUGGAGGGGCCUCAGGUAUCGGAAACAUGAUCGCAACGACCCUCCUGUCCAACGGUGCUACAGUGUUCAUUAUUGAUCGGAACCAAAGUCUUCUCGACAGCGUCACGAAGACGUAUAAUGACGCCGCACAGAAGACCAAUUUGCCUGGUCGUCUUAUUGGAGUCACUGGCGACAUAAGCAAAAAGUCUGAGGCAAAGCGCCUUGCCGAAGAGGUUGGCAAGCACACACCAUAUGUCACAGUCCUCUUUAACAACGCCGGUAUUUUGGACGGCUGUUUUUCUCCACCAAAAGCAGCCAAAGCCGCAGACUUCGUUGACGCGUUCUUCAACAAUGUUUCCGAAGAGGCAUUUGACAACGUCCUUCAUGUCAACGCCGUAGGCCCUUACUGGCUGACCUUUGCCUUCCUUCCCCUUCUGGAGAAGUGGAAAGAGCACGGAUAUGGCGAGGAAGGUCGGCGCUUCCCUCCUCAGGUUAUCAUCACCAGCAGUAUGAAUGGCUGGACAAAGGACACUGAUACUGCCGGCCGAAGUUACCCAUAUAUUUUCUCCAAAGCAGCUAUUGGCAAUGCUACAGCUACACUGGCUCGUGAACUUCUGCCUCUCGGUGUACGAGUGAACGGAAUUGCACCAGGUCUCUUCGUCUCUGGGAUGUCUGUUCCAGGAUCUACGGAUCCAACUGGUCAAUCUCAUGCCAAAAAGGACCUCAGUCAAUUCACAUGCAAAGUCCCUGUAUCCCAGCUUCCGGAAGAACUGGGUGGCCCUUCAAAUGUGGGAGGGUCUAGGAGGGACAUCGCCUCGUUAGUGUUAUUCCUCCUCAGCAACUGGUUCGUGAACGGAGAGACUGUUCUCAUUGAUGGAGGCACUUUGCUUGUUCACGCAUCUUCGUACUAAGCAAACAAUCCAAACAAUGUCGUCUCAUAUGCUUUUCGUAUUAUCCAUUUAUACCAGACCGCUCCCCAAUGUAUCGCGUUAGAAUCAGGAACAGCAGAUUAUUGCACAGCCAGGCUUGGGGAUUAACAGUGUAUAUAUUGAAUAGCCAAAAUUGAUACAAUACUUCUAUGAUACACAACAAUGUCCAGCCCUACAUACGCGCUAUACCGCCGCCAAAUGUCAUGACCUCGCUGUCAUAACUUCAUAGUACGCCGUAUACUCCUCUGGUGACAUCAACUCUUGGUGUUCCUCCGUCACCUGAGAGAAGGGCAUAGGCUGACCGUUUACUGUGAGAUCGUCAGCACCAUGUCACUUUGCUUGACGGGGCAUUGUUUGAACAUACCAUAGACCAUAGGAUCUUCCAAUGGUUCACCUUUAGCCUCCAUCGUAGUCACAUCAGCUUCGAACUCAACAGAAGCUUCUAUAUGAAGUGGACCGUUCGCAUAGGAAAGCGGGCUAGGCGCAUGUUCCCCAUUCAUCCUAGGAGUUUUAACAGGGCCACCAGCCCCAAUGUCUUCCGCAGACCGAGAUCGUUUUCGAUAUUCGUUGAGCGAGUCGAGGUACUCGAUAUUCGGUUUUAUGUCUUCCUCUUCCUCACCAAAGUCACUUCCUAAGUCCCCAGUCAGUGGUGUGACUUGGGCAGAGGGUGCAGCCGAAGCUUCGAG